CGAGCCGACCGGCCAGCAGCCAGCCAGCUCGGGGUGUCUGUUGGUCAUGAGCGACCGGAAGGUUGUGGAGGCCUUGUGGCUGUUUGCGCUACGUGGCGUACGAGCUGAAUAAUUUUCGCGAUCGACCGUGCCUAGGUAUUUCGCAGCUGCCAGCCUCUGCAGGCCGACGCAUCAUUCCAAACUCAGGUGGGUUCGCUUCUCCUAUGAGCGGCCGGCGACAUGAACAAGCGGCGGCACGGAGCCGUCGUUGAGUCGGGCUCCUCCGGGCGCCCCCCAGCUGCCAGACAUGAUGGAAGGUGGCGACGCGGUCCAGCCGUCCUCCUUGGCCGUGUUCUUCAGGCGCGCCGGUCAGAGCUACCAGCGGAUGCUGGACGUGUGGACACCGUACACAUUGGCACGGUGGCUGGGGGCAGUGCUGCUGCUGGUGGCGUUUCUGGGGCGCAUCUUGUACCUGCAGGGCUGGUACAUCAUCACCUAUGCGCUGGGCAUCUACCACCUCAACCUUUUCAUUGCCUUUCUUACGCCCAAGGUGGAUCCGGCCCUGGGCACCGACGACUACGAGGACGGUCCAGAGCUUCCCACAAAGGUCAAUGAAGAAUUUCGACCGUUCAUUCGUCGAUUACCAGAGUUCAAGUUCUGGUAUUCGGCCACCAAAGCAACGCUGGUGGCAAUAGCGUGCACAUUUUUUGAUGCAUUCAACGUGCCUGUCUUCUGGCCCAUCCUGCUGCUCUACUUCAUCACACUCUUCUGCCUCACCAUGAAGCGGCAGAUCAAGCACAUGCUGAAGUACCGGUACCUGCCGUGGACUCAUGGCAAGACGCAAUACCGGGCACGGGACAUGGCAAGUGGCCCGCUCAACAGUGUCCAGGAGCUGUGACAAGGCUGGCGUCUGCGGGACCUGUUUUUCCAGAAUUGCAUCCCUGUCGGCGAAGACGGGACCGAUCGGCAGUGGAUGCCCACCCUGUUGUGUGUCGUCAAUAAACCGGAGUGGGCCACAGGAGGGGCACCCUCCCACUUUGU